AUGGCGGGGGCUGCCGCGGGCGCGGAGGCGGUGGAGAGGGCGCACGGGCUCUACCGGGGCGGCCGCCACCGGGAGGCGCUGGAGCUCUACUCCGCCGCGCUGGCGGCGGCGCGGGGCCCCGCGCAGCGCAUCGCGCUCCACAGCAACCGCGCCGCCUGCUACCUCAAGCUCCACGACUUCCACAAGGCAGCACAAGAGUGUACAUCUGUCCUUGAGUUGGAUACGGAGCAUGCCGGAGCUCUGAUGUUACGUGCCCAGACUCUCGUUACUCUGAAAGAUUAUCAGUCAGCUCUAUUUGAUGUCAACAGGCUCAUCGAGAUAAAUCCGUCGUAUGAAGUAUACCAGAACCUGCAGGCACGAUUGAAGACACAGCUAUCACUAGCCCCAAUUCCUGAGUGUGAAGAGGAGUCUCUUUGUCUUGAAGAAGAAAAGGAAGAACUUCCUCCAAAAGGUCAGAAGACUCAGACUUCUAUCGCUAAGCCCGACGAACCUGCAACUGAACUGGCUCUCAAGAACAAACCUUCAACUGGACCGAUUCUCGAUAGAAAACCUACAAUUGAACCUCAAAAGGCUGAGGUUCCAUCCGCUCUGCCUUCAAAACCCCAGGGAUGGGAGGCCAUCCCAAAACCAAAGGGCCACUCAGGCCUUGAUUACUCAAAAUGGGACAAAGUUGAAGACGAUUCAAGCGAAGAUGACGACGAUGAAGAAGAAGAUGAGCUGCCACAGUACAAGUUUAAAGUCAGAACUGUUGGUGUGCGGUCUGUAAAGUGA